CAAAGUCCACCGAGGUCCGCGGGCUUGAUGGUCGUGAUUCCCAAUCUGAAUCGUGUAUCUCGUGAGCACGUUCUCGCACCGAGCAAGCUCCUCCAGUGAGCCGAGCAUUCGUGCUUUUCCCUUCUUUGCUGUGCAUGCAAUCGUGAAUCCAUCGAUGUUAUUGCGCCAAGAUGUCCCGAUUCAGUGACUGAGGGAUGCUCAAGCUGCCGCCCUUGUCGCCCUCACCUUCAUCUCGUCCACAACACUUGGAAGGACGCAGGGCAGUACGCGUCGAGAAGCCCAUCCGCCAUGCCCGCUCCCACGGCACCACUCUUCUCUUCUCGACCUGCUCUGCCCUUGCGAAGGCCCCGCACGGUGCUGAUCAUCGGCGGAGGUGUAUGUGGCAUCGCAGCUUUGAGGGCCUUGUCAGAUCCCGAUGAAGGUGCGCGAAGCCAUCCAUUCGACAAGGUGCAGCUGGUGGAGAGGAGACGCGAUGUGGGCGGAGUCUGGUACCUCGACCCGGCUGUAGUGGCCUCUGAACAAUCUCGACCUUUAGGCAAUGCAGAGGGCGAAUGGCCUGUGCGGGACGCUUCGGAUCGUCCGACGUGGCCUUCGCCGGCUUAUCCAGCUCUUCGCGGCAAUGUUCUGCCCCGCUUCCUCUCACUUUCAGGCGCACCAUUUCCUCCGCCCGCAGAGAGGAAUCCCUUCCCGACACUGGACGAGACCGAGCAAUACCUACGCAGCGCUGUGCGGCCUUUUGAAGCGGGGAAUGGGGCACAGGAUCAGAUCAGGACUAGCGUAGAGGUGCUGAGCGUCCACGAGCUGGCUUGCGCGGGUCAUGCUCAAGGUUGGAGGGUUGCCCUCAGAGAUUGGAAUGCAGGCGGGCAGGAGAAAGUUGAGUUCUGGGAUGCUGUUGUAAUUGCUACAGGCUGGUACGACUCGCCCAUCUACCCACCCAUUCCAGGGCUCCUGUCGGCUUUGUCGACGCAGCGCUUUUUCCACGCAAAGUGGUACCGCUCGCCAGCACCUUUCCUGCCGCAUAUUGAAGCGGGUCGUAAAAUAGUGGUUGUAGGAAACGGAAAUAGCGCCAACGAUGCUGCUUCUCACUUAGCGCCUCAUAGCAGCGUAGCAAGGCCCGUCUAUCGUAGCAUCUUGCAAGCUCAAUUGCCUGUGUUUGUCUCGCUGCCGGAUGAAAGGAUAAAGGAUGUGCCCAGCAUCAAGGAAGUCAAGGUGGAAGGAGAGAGAAUCGAUUUGCUGCUUGCUGAUGAUCAGUUGCUGGAGGAUUGCGUUGUGCUGCUCGGCGUGGGCUACGAGGUAGGCACGAUACCUUGGGUGCACCUCCUCAAAUCGGAAUCAGCCUCAACUGACUCGAUCGACAACAUCAAAGCGUCACAGUACCUUUCACUGACGCCAAGGGCGCGUAUCAACCCAGCGAGUACUACCAAUGUGCUGGAUGAGACUUCAACCACUGCUCCGACCCCUUCGGGAGCGCUGCCUACUAUACAGGGUUCCGACAGCGAUGUCAGUAGGGAUACUGCUCAGUGGCCGCCUCGGGUGCCCAACUUGCAUCAUCAAGUCUUGCACGGUAUCAAUCCCACCUUGGCUUUCUCUGGCCUACCCGUAUCGAACACUCCCUUUGUCUUGGCUGACAUGCAGAUGCGCUACACACGGGGCGUCUGGGAUGGAUCGAUAAGCCUGCCAUCGAGCAGAGCAGGUCGCACUCUGGACGAAAGGCGCCGGAUACAGGUCCUCGAGGAGCGAAAACCUCAGUACGCAUCGAUGGACCUGGCGCUGCGAGCGGACUGGGAAAAGGGCAGAGCGCAAGGCUUGGCCGAAGCUCUGCGUCUGGCCGCUCCGCCAUCAUUUGGACAGCCACUUUACCACAUGCUGCCAGGUCUUCAUGCGGACGAGCUUGAGUAUGCGCAGCAUCUUAGACAGGAAGUGAUCAAAGCCAAACCUUGGUUGGAUCCGCUGCUGGACAAGUGGGAUGCGGCUAGAGAUGCUGCGCGACAGGGCAUGUACAACGUCAAAUUCAUCUCCCUCGUAAAGGCGAAAUUGGCUACCCUAGACGCUUCACAAAGAAGCGCGGAUCCUAGACUGUAAUCUUAUGCAUGCCGAGAGGAGCGCGACCGUCAAUAGAUAUUUGUCAAGGAC